GCGCGGCGGGGCGGCGCGGGAGGAAGUCACGUGGGAGCGAGGGCUCACAUGACUGGCCGCGCGAUGGACCCGCUGCCUGCGGCUGCAGUCGGGGCGGCAGCUGAGGCGGAGGCUGACGAGGAGGCGGAUCCCCCGGCGGCAGAUCUGCCGACACCCCAGGCCAUCGAGCCCCAGGCCAUUGUGCAGCAGGCCGUAGCUCCCAGUCGAAUGCAGAUGCCACAGGGGAACCCACUGCUGCUGUCCCACACCCUGCAGGAGCUGCUGGCCAGGGACACCGUGCAGGUGGAGCUCAUUCCGGAGAAGAAGGGCCUCUUCCUGAAGCACGUGGAGUAUGAGGUUUCCAGCCAGCGCUUCAAGUCCUCCGUGUACAGACGGUACAACGACUUCGUGGUCUUCCAGGAGAUGCUCCUGCACAAGUUCCCCUACCGUAUGGUGCCUGCCCUGCCACCCAAGAGAAUGCUGGGAGCCGACAGGGAGUUCAUCGAGGCCAGGAGGAGAGCCCUGAAGCGCUUCGUCAACCUGGUGGCCCGGCACCCCCUGUUCUCCGAGGAUGUGGUCCUCAAGCUCUUCCUGUCCUUCAGUGGCUCGGAUGUGCAGAACAAGUUAAAGGAGUCAGCACAGUGCGUCGGGGACGAAUUCAUGAACUGUAAGCUGGCUACCAGGGCCAAGGACUUCCUCCCAGCUGACAUCCAGGCUCAGUUUGCCAUCAGCCGGGAGCUAAUCCGGAACAUCUACAACAGCUUUCACAAGCUUCGCGACAGGGCUGAGCGGAUCGCGUCCCGGGCCAUCGACAACGCGGCAGAUCUUCUCAUAUUCGGGAAGGAGCUAAGUGCAAUCGGGUCCGACACAACCCCGCUGCCCUCCUGGGCCGCUCUGAACAGCAGCACCUGGGGGUCCCUGAAGCAGGCUCUGAAAGGCCUGUCUGUGGAAUUCGCGCUGCUCGCCGAUAAGGCCGCACAACAGGGUAAGCAGGAAGAGAAUGACGUGGUGGAGAAGCUGAAUCUCUUCUUGGAUCUGCUGCAGUCCUAUAAGGACCUGUGCGAGCGGCAUGAGAAGGGCGUGCUACACAAGCACCAGCGGGCGCUGCACAAGUACAGCCUGAUGAAGAGGCAAAUGAUGAGCGCCGCCGCGCAGAACCGCGAGCCGGAGUCCGUGGAGCAGCUGGAGUCCCGCAUCGUGGAGCAGGAGAACGCGAUUCAGACAAUGGAGCUGCGGAACUACUUCUCCCUGUACUGCCUGCACCAGGAGACGCAGCUCAUCCACGUCUACCUGCCCCUCACCUCCCACAUCCUCCGCGCCUUCGUCAACUCUCAGAUCCAAGGACACAAGGAGAUGAGCAAGGUGUGGAACGACCUGAGGCCCAAGCUCAGCUGCCUCUUUGCGGGACCACACAGUGCCCUGACCCCACCGUGUUCCCCGCCGGAGGACGGUCUGUGUCCUCACUAGCGCCUGAGGCGGAGGUGGUGCUCCCUGCGGCCGCACUAAAACCUCUUUCCAAACGGUGUGUCCGGUGUAAUUCCCUUUGGACAGCAGCUCCCCUCCCCGCCACGUGCUGCAGCCGGAGCAGAGGAGCUCACGCCUGCGGGUCGGGAGGGGCGUCCAUGGAUCACAGGAGCAGCUGGGCCACACCGCCCUUCGCCCUGUGGCCUGCUAGCCUGGUGGAGAGGGGUGGUGGGGUUCUCUGGAAUGGUUUUCUUCUGAUACCGAGAGCCCUGCUGGGAGGCAGGGAUCUCUCAUCUCACAGUUUGUGCCUGGGAGAGCGUGGGGGCGGGGCCUCCAGGUGUUGGAACAGUCGGGAGGGGCAGCGUCAUGGUGCUCAGUCAGCCAAGGAGAGAGAGAGGGCAGGGCCGCCCUGCAGCCCAGGCAUGGGACUGACCACGGACAGCAAGGGGACAGCCAGUGGUGCCAAGGCUGGGAGGGAGGGCCGUCGGGCAUGGGACACGCACGGUGAAUUUUCUAGGGAACUCGCUGCAGUCAACACCAGGAGCCCUGGUCUGGGAGUGGCCUGUGGGGUCCAGUGGCCUCAUGCCCUGUGUCCACACCAUGACCCCAUGUGUGCCCCUGUGUCCACACCAUGACCCUGUGUGUGCUUGUGGCCUCAGGCCUGGAAGACAAAGGCGUGACGGAGAGCUGGGGCUCUGAGAGCGGACGCUGCAGCAGCUCUGUUCUCAUCCCCUGGACUCCCUUGAUUUCUGGUGACCAGUGUUGGAGUCUGCACCAUGCGGCACUGAGGCUGGAUGGGCUGGCAGAGGACGGGGGGGACGUGGGGGACGUGUGUUCCAUUCCAGCUGGGGCUCUAGAGGAGGGAUAGCCCCUUUUUAAGUGGAUUUUCUUCUCUGAGGUGCCCAGAGCCCUCCUCCCAGCCUCUUGCCACGCACGUGCUGUCCCGGCCACCUGCCCACAGAGGGGAACUGGUCUUUCAGCCCUUUCCCUUCUCUGGGUGAGGAAGGCCAGUCUCCUGAGCUCUGUGGGGCUGCAAUGUCCACCUCAGGCCUGGGUCUGCUCCUGCCCCAAACCCCUUUUGUGGAAGGCACACGGAGCCAGGCUGGGCUCCUGGACCCCUGCACUUCUCUGGAGCCCUGAGGCCCCUCCCUGGCCGGGGGGAGAUGCUGGAAGAGGCCCUCUGGGCUCCAGGGUUUCCGAGGUCCCUCCAUUCUGCAGAUGCUUGCUGGCCUCCGGGGUGUUCUCUCACGGAGGAUGCUUCCCUUCCACCUGUACCUACGGGCAGCUCAUGGUCCCGGGAUGGAAAGGGGACUUUGUGUGUACCUCCCAGGCAGGGGAUCCGUCGUCCACUGUGAGCCAGCCAGAGGGAGCGGCUGUGCUGACUUGGGGGCUGUGGGGCUUGGGCCCAGCCCGGCCUGUGGGUUCUGCUGGUGCCUUCCUGCUGUGGGGUGGGCUGCUUCCUCCUGGCCAGAUGAGCAGAGGAAAUGUUCUCUUUGGAGCCAAGGGGGUGGGCUGUCCCAUGAGUCCCUAGCCCACCCAAGUCUUGGGCUGUGCUGCCUUCUGACCCCCCUCUGCAGAGACAGGUUCUCAGUUGGCAUGAGUGGCACUGUGACACCUGAGCCAUGAAGCGUGACCCUGUGUGGGCAGAAGGCUGCAAGGACUCUCCGUCCUUCCUGCACCUGCCUGGGGCCUGUCCAGCUGCAGGACCAUAGAGGCUGUGGGGAGCUGUGGCGGGCAUCAGGCGCUGCGGCCUCUGUGUCUCCAGAGGAGGCAAGGCACGCGCUCCUGACACAGCCCUCCAAGGAGAGAGCAAGACUUCAGAAUGAGCUUUUCUGAAGGAGCUUUCCUGGCAGGGACUCCGGGAUCAGUGGAGGCCCGGUGCUGGAGGGAGAGGGGGGUUCCCCGCACGCCUCUCCAGCCCUCCUGCUGCCCAUGGCCCAAGCCCAAGCCCAAGCCCAAGCCUGUGCCGGUCAUUGCGGCCUCACCCAGCUGGCAGGGACAGCUGUGUGUAAUGCUGCUGGAGAUGCCAGAUGCCACGUGCCCUGUGAGGACGGCUGGCAGAGCCGCGGUAGGGGGACUGUCAAUCAUGGUGAAAGGGGACAUUUUCAGUGGGUCCUCCUGGUUCGUGUCCUGCAUACUCGGGCACUGUGCAGACAGCUGCCCUUUGUCUGCUGGAGACAAUGCAGGCAGGGGAGACAGGUUUAGGGCUCUGAUGUGGGGCACGGGGACUCCGAGCUGAGGGAUGUCAGGGCGGCUCUGUGCAUCUGAGGCUUUUGCUCUUGCUUUGCGGGUCUGUUCAUGUCCAAAGCACUUUAGGAGGCUACAGGGAUCAAUACCCAAUAUACCCAAUAAACUGGAAUUGUUUACACGUGACCUACAUUUUGGACGGUUUAUCAAUAAACGUGUGAACAACUGUUA